UUAGUCGCUGCAGACACCUAAAUUAUUGUAUUUCCCCUUUGUGUUCAAGAAAAUAUGCCACCAACAACUGAUGAUGCUGAUCAAGUCAGCCAAUCAGAAAUACUUUAAUGAAACCAAACAUGUCCAACCUGAACUUCCCUUAUGAAUCAGGGACUUUCCUUGAAUUUGACCAAUCUUAAUUUCCCUUCUCCUCGGACAGAUUAUAAACGGUGUCUUGUUUUGGGUGAGCCAUUUCAAAUUGAAAACCAAUUUAAAAGGUUGUAACAGAGAGACUGCCGCAGGAUGUCUGAGCCACAGAGAGAGCGCCUCAUCACAGCUCCCAGCGAGCAGACUGCAAUUAAUGUAGGAACUACAUCAGGGUAAGGAAUAUUACAUACUUUUUCUCUUGUCAAUGUUUUUAUUAUAAUUGUAUAACAUUUACAGGGUCAUUUCAAAUGGGCCAUUUUGUUUAUUUUAUUCUUCCCGGGGGAAAGGAAACAAUGAUCAAACUGACCAAAAGUACUUUUUAUUAGCCAGACUAAGCAUUAUCAUCACCACAACGCUGGCUAAACGCCCAUCUAGAUAUAAAUAUUUUUUUAGCAGUAUUAGUUUUAAUCUGUGAUUACAUAAAUGUUGUCUAUAUAUAUGCUGAUAGAUUUUAGCAUCGUUUUAAUGUGAUUUAGAAUCUAGAUUAAUUCCUGAAAUUUAAAAUGGGUGUCUGCCCAGCAACCCCUGACGUCAUUUUUGUUGUGAAAACAAUUUACCAUCAUAAACAAGGCAUGAUUUAGUACGGUCUAGUAAUUGAUUAAAAUCUUCUUCUUUUUUUGCCACGUACACAUUUAUAUUGUUUACUGUAAUAGCGGAGUUAUACGAAAAGUCCCAUACAUCAGCCUUAUAACAAAGCAAUAAAGCAUCCAUCAUAUUCUCCAUUUUAUAUUAUGUCUCCUUCACAGAGGGUCCAACAAAAGGGCCUUCAAGAUAGCUGGUUUCACCCUCCUGGCCUGCCUGCUCAUUGCUGGUCAGGCUCUGACUGCCUACUUCAUCCUGGGCCAGAAAAACGACAUUAAAGACCUGCAGGAACAGAGCAAAUCCCUGAAGAAGGAGCUGGGUCAUGGGCACGCUGGUGAGACUAUGCUCCCCUCAGGACCUGGUCCUGUAAUGUUCUAGUGUUAGCUAAUGGCUAUCACAGCUACACCCUUUAUUUGAGGCCUUUUUAACAGGAAAUGAGUGAACUAACACUCCACAAGAUACUGCAUUUUAUUGUAGGCUAAACUUUGUAAAUCUAUAAGAAAGUUUCUCACUUUCUGUCUACAGCUGCUGUCCCCAUGGAGCUGCAUGUGCCGAUGAACACCAUGCAGUUGCUGACCGAUGAGUCUGCUGAUGAGGUCAGUCUUCAGCUAUGGAAAUUACGUGUUUAAACCAUGAUUAGCGUGCUUAACAGUCUCUUGAAUAUACCUUUAUUCUCAGUUCUGUCUUUCUACUUCCCUUUCCAGGGGACAUCUACCCAGGGGCCAAAGGAAGGUAUGAAAUGUUAUUCAUUGACAUUUCAACUGUCAUGCCAGUAAACCCCCCUUUCAAAGCUCCCCCAGCCCCCUCUUUCUCUCACUUCCUCUCUCAUCAUAUAACAUGUAGACACCUUUCAUCCACACAGGACCAGGCUCUGCCACCCAGUGUGAGCUGGAGUCAGCAGGGUUGAAACCAGAGGGGCUUGAAUCCUUCCGACCCCAGUGUGAUGAGGGCGGCAACUACCUGCCCCAGCAGUGCUUGGACGCCAAACGCCUCUGCUGGUGUGUGGAUGCCAGUGGGAAGCAGCUCUCUGGCACCCUAACCAAUGGACCAGCUAGGUGCGGCGCCACAUCUGGUAAGAUCCUGUUUGAAGUUGAAAAUAGAUAUAUAUAUAUUUUUUUAUUAUACUCAGAUGUUGGGUCCCAUAAACACAAGACCCACUUCACUCUUCUCUACUUUAGGGACUGGUUACCCAGACAAAGAUGAAGCCUUAUCCUUAAAAAGCAUGCUCAAUAGAGAAUUUCCAUUGGAAUAGUUUUUUUAAAAAAAAUCCAGGUGUAAUCUUAAUCUGUGUCUAGAAAAUUGGCCCUAGAAGUUUCAACUAACCAUUUGAUCUCUUGAACAAGUGUAUUAUUUUUAGUUGCAGCAGAGACAAGUUAUUUUAGUUCCCCUUUUUGUUCAAGAAAAUCUUUCACUAACAACUGAUGACGCUGAUCAAGUCAGCCAAUCAUAAAUACUGAAAUGAAACCAAACAAUUCCAACCUUAACUUCCCUUAUGAAUCAGGGACUUUCCUUGGACCUGACCUGACCAGUCUCAGUUUCCCUUUCUUUGGGCUAGAUAGAUAGAUAUUCAUGGAUUUUUGUGAAUUAAUCCAUGGUGAUGAAUGCUCUUAGAUUAUGAAGUAUUCAUACUAGGGCUGUCAGGGUUAAUCCGUUAACUCAAAUUAACUUUUUGUAAUGUUAUGGCACAAUUUGUUUUAAAUGCGAUAAUUCGCACUGUCUGAAAGCGUUUAAAAUACACUGAAAACAUCCUUAAUACAUAAUCUAUUCAGCAAAAAACAACAGUGCGAUGUCAAAACUAGUUCACAUUGAGGUUAGAGAAAGUGCUUGAUCAAUUUACCUGAUUUUGCGUACCAUUACUUGGAACAAAAUCAAUAUUCUUGUAAUGCUUUUUGUAUAAAAAUAUCUUAAAUUACAGUUCAAUUCAAGCAAAUUAUGAAUUUGCGAUUAAUCACAGCAAAUCCUGCGAUUAACUUGAUUACAUUUUGUAAUAGUUUGACAGCCCUAAUUCAUACCCAUUUUUACUACCUUUUGCAGCACUCAAUCAUGUGAUGGCCAUACAUGACGUGAUGCAGAGUGGUAAGUAUCCUGUGGCAGGGACUCUUCCACUAAAAUAGGAAGAAAUUCAUUGUUGACUUUUCUUCAAAACAUGCCUUGUUUGUUUCUUCUGACUACAUGUGUAUGCUGUAAGGAACUAUCUGGCUAUUCUGUUGGUAAUGUACAUUUCUCUUUAUUUACAGAUGAGUAAAAACCAUUGAGCUGUGAGGACCAGUAAAACUGUCCCAUUACACAUCAUAUCUACAUUUAAGCACUUCCAUUCGGAAUACCCUGAUUCUGUGGAAAUGUUAAAUAAUCCAGCACAGGGAUUUGGAAACUAACAAGUUCUCUUUUGUUGUAUUUUCUCUAUGGGUCUAUUUAAUUAACCUAUGAUAUUUUAUAUAAUAAGGCCAGGUGUACUAACUGCUGCUCACUGCUAACCAUUUAAAAAAAACGGAGAUUAGGCCAACCAAGAUGUGUAACUGUCAUUCUAGCUAAUAAAAUAAAGUCAAAAUAAAUGCCACUGAAAUGAAACACUUUAUUUAAA